UCAUUUCAGAACAGUGGUGGCUGUUCAGGAGAGCAACCUUUGCAUCCACAGAGCUAGAAGCUUUAGGGUACUCUCCAGAUAAAUCCAUUCUUCAAAAGUUCUGGAAGCUUUGUGAAUGCCAACUAAAUAUUCCAGGUGGUUUUUGCUCUCCCAGUCAAUCAAUGUUUUCUCUAAAUUUGUGGCAGCUGUAGCACAUCUUACAUCAACAUCCCCCACUCCAACUCCAGGUGGUUCCAUGUUUCUAUUUGAUUGGAAAGUACAACAAGAUUUCUGUAAAGAUGGUCAUCAUUGGAGGAAGAAGAAGGAUGGUGAAACUGUUAAUGAAACUAAUGAAAAGAUGAAGGUAAAAGGACUGUGCGAGAAAGCGAAGGAUAUUCUAGUGCAAGAGAGUAAUGUGCAGUUCUAAAUCCUGAUAAAUUGACUGAAUUUAUGCUGCUAGAUCAAGCACCAGUUAGCCACAAUACUCAUCUAUUCAGACAUGUUUAAGUGAGGGAAUGGGCUACUAUUUUCCACCAUGCCACAUAGUUAAUAUAAGUGGUUUUCGGGUGUUACUGCCCUUUGGACCUUUCAUCCCUAGCUGUAUCCACUUGGUAUUUCUUCCCUGCUUGAUGAGAAAGCUUCAAUUCAAUGAGGCCAAAGUCCAUCAAAUUCAGAGUCUGUAGGACAUGAUGUUUCGGAGCUUCUUGAUUCCAAAAGUUUGAUACUGGCUGAGCCUUGGUUUAAAACUGUGAAAAGCUUGCCGAAUAUUUAUUCCAUAGAUCUAGUACUAAUCUCAAGUCCGGUGGGUAUGCUAGGGUGACCAUUUCUUACCAGCCUCAAAGACUUCAGAGCAAAGCUUCCAGGCUUGGGAAACUGAUGAUGGAUGCCCUUAUUUCCAUGCAUAUGGAAUUGAGAAAAUCCUAUGGACCUGAAGAGUCUAGUUUCCCUCAAUGGAUCAGAUGGGAAAACUUGAACUACUUCCUAGGGCACUAAAGGAUAUUGUUUUAGGCAGUGAAAGUAUAGAGCUUGGU